AUGACAGAUCCCUACUCUAAUUACUUCAAUAAUGGCUGGUUCAAUCUCAACCCUCUCCACCACAUCUCCUCGCCCUCCACACCUUCUUCUAUUAAUCCAUAUAAUUUCCAUGCUCCUCCUAAUUAUAGAGACUACAACAAUUUCUGCUCAUCAAAUAACUUGAUGGUGCACAAUCAAAGCUUUUUCAUUAAUCACCACCAGUCUUCUUCUUCAUCAUCAUCACCUCCCUCACCUCCUCUAAGAGAAGCCCUUCCCCUCCUCAGCCUAAGCCCUUCAAGACACCAUCAUCCCCAUGAAGACUUGCAAGAACCCUCUUUCAAUGCCAUGGAAGCUGAUCAUCAAAACAACAACAACAACAGUAGAAAAGACUCAGCUGAUCACCAAAGCUUGGUCGUCUCCAGCUCUGCUGAUAUUGUUGAUCAAGAUGAAGAUGAUGAAACUGUUACUGUGGCUUUACAUUUAGGGCUUCCAAGCAGGACCCUAUCAGCUGAUUUGAUCUCUAGGCUCUCUUCCCCAGAAAUCUCAUCAGAUAAAGAAGUAGUAGAUGUGACUGUCGCUUCAGCUGGGAAUGCCCCAAACAGACUCAACAAGGGCCAGUAUUGGAUCCCUACUCCUGCUCAGAUUUUAAUUGGUCCAACCCAGUUCUCAUGCCCUCUUUGCUUCAAGACGUUCAACAGAUACAAUAACAUGCAGAUGCAUAUGUGGGGGCAUGGAUCUCAAUACAGAAAAGGGCCAGAGUCUCUAAGAGGAACACAGCCAACAGCCAUGCUUAGACUGCCUUGUUAUUGCUGUGCACCAGGUUGCAGAAACAACAUUGACCAUCCAAGGUCAAAGCCUCUCAAAGACUUCAGAACCCUCCAAACUCAUUACAAGAGAAAGCAUGGGAUCAAGCCUUUCAUGUGUAGAAAAUGUGGCAAGGCUUUUGCAGUGAGAGGUGAUUGGAGAACCCAUGAGAAGAAUUGCGGCAAGCUUUGGUAUUGCACUUGUGGCUCUGAUUUCAAGCACAAGAGGUCUCUCAAAGAUCAUAUCAAGGCAUUUGGACAUGGCCAUGCAGCUUAUGGCAUUGACUGUUUUGAAGAAGAUGAUGAUGCAGCCUCUGAAAUUGAAGAAAAUUACUCUUCCCAGUGA